CAUACACUUUUACUCCAGGCCGAUAUCCGUACCCAGCAAUUUACUUUGGGCACUAUUCAUCCAUGGCUACCGCAUCCGCCCAUGUUCAAGAGGAUGCGGUGCCGCAGCAAUGUCAAAUCGGGCCCAAGCACCCCGAACUGAAAGAUUUAGUUGGAGCUGUUUUCGAUCAAAAAUUCAAGAUCGGACAGUUUAUCCAUGAAGAAUAUCACUUUCUUGCAUUCUCUGUAGAGUCCGUUCCGACUCCAGAAAUUGAGUGUGGUUUGAAUAAAGAUCAGAAUAUGUGUAACUUCCAGGCACGAGUUUACGAUUUCAAUAAUCUAUCGCCGAAAAUUAAGGCAUAUAGGUCACGCAACCUAAAACGAAUAGCCAAGCGCACCAUUGUCUCUGAGAAUUGGCGUAACAGGGUGGUUGUCAUAUAUAGAUGUGGUCCGGUGGAAGAAUUGUUGGGCAAGGAACCCGCAGACCCGUCGGCCAUACAGAUUCAGAGCGCAUCGCAAACGCCAAAUCUCCAACAUACCGAAACACGGAAAGCUCCAAAGCCUAAAUCAAACUAUAAGCGCGAGUCCGAUCGUCUGCGGCAACGUGAUAGGCGGAGAGCAAUGAGACGGCGACAUCACACAAUCAGUGAGUUUGAUACAGAACCUGACAUAUAUGGUGAUGUCCACUCCAAGAUAUUCAAAGCAAACAAAGCCAUUCAAACACGAAAAGAAGAUCUGGACGGAGCAACAUUGUACAUGCUGGAAAACAUGCAUCUAAAUUCAAAUCCGCAUCCAGUUAUACUUGCAUUAUUACCUCCUAGUUUACACCAGGCGACGAGGGAGUAUCUCCAGGCUCGUCGGUCGGAGAUUCAUUUUGAGAAUGACUACGAAAAGUCCGAGUACGUUGAGAUCAAAGAAAGGGAGCUAGUAGAGAUACGACGGUUAAACAAGAAAGUCACGAGUCUCAUACAAGAAGUCAAUAACAAACUAGAGGUGCUGAUGCAACAGAAGAAGUUAUACCACAAUGGCACGAGAGCAUGGAGACAGCUGGAAAAUACAAUAGGGCAGCAGUUCCAAUGGUACAUGGUACUUCUAGCCGCGGAAACGCAACUACCCGCUUUCGCAGAGGAAGGAAGAAAACAAAUUAGUAUUUUCAGGAAGGAAACUCAACGGUUUCCUCAGAUGAGAGAAGAAACCAAGAAUUUGAGCUAUCGUCAAUGGAUUCGACACAUAAUGCCUGGCUCGCAAGCAUACGCUUGGCUGCAUUUACGCCUCUGAUGAGCCUGAUUUCUCUGGGGAUUGGGGCACAUUUGGGAGCAUCCCAGUUUAGGGGGGGGUCAAAGUCCGAUUGAGAAAUACAUUCAUUAUGAG